AUUUUAAUAAACAAUUUAUCUCUGAUAUACACUGAUGUAGUUGAUACAUACUUGUAUCUGAUUAUCAAGUUAACAUUGGGAUUUAAUUGUUAACUUCUUGUGUAGUUUAAAUAAAUGUAUUUUGCAUGCAUAGUGUUCCCAUAGAAAGUGUGAUUGAAGAAGUAGGAACUUAUCGACAGUGUACAGAUUUAUAAAGUACUUUGGAUCAAUUUGUUGCAAAUAAUUAAAAUCGAAGGAUCUGUUCUUAUCGCAAACGGAUUUAUAAAAUGCUGGUAACAAUGAGCUACGCACGAUGACUGUGUUCUUAUUACGCAAAGAGACGAUUAGCAAAAUUGUAUCGACUGACCUCAACAUCAAACUGAGCAAAUAUUUAAGAUUAUAAAAAAAGUUCCGGAAAAAUCAUCCAUUCUAUAAAAUGAAGCCCCAGACGCCGUUUGUAGCAUGUGUCCUGUUUGCUAUAGCAACGGUGGGCACCAUGGUAACGGGGAAGAACUGUAACUACAAGUCGAGCUGCAGUUGUGUGUUUGAUGACGGUUCGGGCAUGGUGGAUCUGUCAGCGCUAAAACCGACCCCUGGUACUCCAAUGUUCAAAGACCAGCCCUCCCAACGGGAUUACUACCUGUUUUCCUACAACCCAUGCGUUCCUUUCAACGAGGGCACGUGCACCAAUGUGGCGGUUUGCCAGUAUGAUCCGCGCUAUAACGUCUACUACGAGAUCGGAAGCCAAUCAAAUGCCGCCUUUUCCAUGACCGGAGAUGACGUAGUAGUUACUUACAUUAGCGAUGAUGGAGUCAGAAAAACUGUCGUGACAUUGCAGUGUAAUACCGACCCAGCCGCCUCCCCUUCCAUUACGGUUGCCGGUGAAACGUCAACGGCCGUCUAUGAAAUGACGGUUAACGCUCACCAGGCAUGCGCAGUUCCUUCGACUGGAAGUUCCGGUUCUGCUUCACUCAGUGGCGGCUCAGUCAUGCUAAUAAUAUUCUUCUCGCUACUCCUCACGUACAUGUUGGCGGGAGUUGCGUUCAAUGUUGUACGAAAACAAUCUGGGAUGGAUUUGAUUCCAAACCGAAAUUUCUGGAUCGACGUACCAUCGCUCAUAAAGGACGGCUGGUCACUGACGAUGCUCGUCGUCUGUAGGCGACAGUACGGGUAUGUCUCGGCCAAAUAGGUCACACACCAGCGAAUCAUAACUAAAUACAAAAAUGUAGACAGAAAAAAGCAAAACAAACACAUCUUACAUCUGUCAGCGCUUCCUUAAUCUUAGAUGUAACAAAACGGUUGUAUCUUGACUGCUGUUUUCCGCUGAUUUCAUUAUUUUGAAAACAUACCUCUGCAUUGUCGGACAAUGUCGUUUGAGCCGCACUCUGUGAACACCGGGCUAAAUGCAUAUGCAUUAAGUAUUGUCAACAAUGAGCAUUUCCAGUCCGCAAAUAAAAAUCCGGGAUCACAAUUUUCGUGUAUAUCGUUUUAUUUUUCGUUUAAAGAAAUUCUCUUUUUUUAACGAAAAUCCAGUUUUUUUCGGUUAGUUUCUUCUAUUAGUAGCCUGUGCGGACUGCACAGGCUAAUCUGGGAAACACUUCAUGCAAAUGUAAUAAGCCCGUUUUUUCCAGAUCGCGGCUCAUUUACUUUAAUGUUGUUAAUUUGAUAUUCGUGCCAGAUGUUUGUAUGUGUAGUUAUAAACGGAAAAGAGCUCUUGUAUUUGAUGCGUGUGAUUGACUCUGCUUAAAACCCGGCUUUCCCAUAUCGCGGCUCAUUUGCAUAAAUAUUGUUUAUGUUAUAUUUGGAACGGAUAUGUAUUACAUUGCGUGUUUUUAUUUGUUUUUAUAACCGUAAAAAAGUUCUUGUAUUUGAUGCGUGUGAUUGACUAUGUAAUUUUGGUAACUGGAAAAGUUGCACUUAUUUAUUCGUUUGUUUUAAUGCCUUUAACAUAUUUGUAAUUUAAUGUCAUUAUUACAAAGAGUUUUGUUAAAGGAAUUGGUGCAAAAGAUAUUUGAAUAUUUGGAGAAAGACAACCUUAAUUUAUUUCGCA